AUGUACCAAAUAGCAAUAAACUCCACAGAGGGUGGCACUGCACUCAGAAUCAUCAACAGAACAACAUCAAACUAUAUUAUAAUAGGAGGAUUUGAGGGAAUGCAGCGGUAUAUGGGAAGACACAAGAUAAAGUCGUCAAAGGCCCAGGUUAUCUGCAUAUGCAGUGAAUAUGAAAUAGUUCCAGCAAUAUCCGGGAUGCUAACUACCGCAAUGCACGAAGGAAAGAGGCACACUAAAUAUGUAAGUACAGAAAAAAUCGCUAGAAGAAUUCAAGAAGUUGGAAUGGGUAUAGGAAAUCUGGAGUUUUUUGGCAAGUAUGAUAACAAAUGUCCAGAAAGAAUUGCAGAUGUGUGCAUAGAAGAAAGAAAAGGGCUUGUUUAUACAGCAGUCACACUUCCAAAUAAAAAAGCAAGUUUUAAUGUAGAAAAGGCGGCAGAGAAAGGAAUAUCUAGCAAGAGCGAUCUUGCCACACUGAAUAAGACAGGCAGAAUUGUAAAAGAGGGCGUGGAAUACUUUGUAGAUGAAUUUAGAAACAAAGAGAUAAAGUACCCUAAAAUAGUUGUUAUAACGGUCUUAUCAGAGAACUAUUCAAUAUCUGUAGAAGACAUACAGUCUUUUAUUGUAGGAAAUGAAAGAGUAGAAAUAUUUAUAAGAGGAGCGCCAGAAGGAUUUAGAAACACUCAAAUAGAGCAUAAAACACUUGUUAGUGUAGAAAAAGAAAUAAAAUGCAAAGUAGUAUUACACAACAAAACAGCAAAAACUAUAACAGAAGUGGCACAAUACAUUCUAAUAAAGUCUGAAGUAGAGGCGGAUUGUGUUAAAGACUUUUACAAUAAAAUAUGCCCAGUUUACACGCCACUAAUUAGGCCCCGUGUGUACAAAUUAUGCCAUACAAAAUAUUUGCGCAAUAGCCAAGUGUUAAUUGACCAAUCUUUUAUAAACUAUACUGGUCGUAAUGAACUGACCGUCCAUAAUCAGUGGAAGAGAGAGGUUCUUCUUAAAGACAAUGAUAUUGAAACAGCAAGAAAUAGUUCAGCCACUAACAACAGCAAUUUGCCUAUUAGCAAGCCACAUACAGUGUUUCUAGGCACUGCGGCCGCUGUUCCUGGAGUAAUUCGAAAUGUAUCGUCUAUUCUUAUAACAUCUCAGAAUGGAGCAGUUCUCUUUGAUUGCGGUGAAGAUACCGGGACACAGCUUAACAAGAUAAGCAUACAGAACAGAUAUAAUUAUGCUAGUUUAAAUAUGAUAAUAUUGACACACCGCCAUGCCGAUCAUGUUUUGGGAACGCUUAGUGUUUUAAACCGGUGUAAUUUAGCUGGUAAUUCAGCUGUAAUUGUAUUUGGCCACAAAUGCCUAGUUCCUGCACUAGAGAAAUACGGAACAUCGUGUAUUUUUGUUCAAAAUCGCGCAGAUUUGUCUGUUCAAGUAUAUAAAAAAGAACAUACAGAGUAUAUAUGUAUAUCUGGGAAAAGAGAGAGGCUUGUUAUUAAAAUUCAGCAAAAUAUAUAUAGCCGCACAGGAACUGUAGAUCCAUUGAACUACAAGCCGGCGUGUGAUAUUAAAAAGGCUAUUCUACAAAUCAAAGCAUCCUGUAAUGCUGUAUCAUUUGCUGAUUUUAUUAACCUUCCAGUAAUAGUUGAACCGAAUCUUAGCUGCCCAGAGGCGCUAACACUUAAAUAUAAACUAUCUAUGUGUAGCGCACUACACAUACACGAAAGCUAUAGCUUUUUACUCAAGGAGUAUGCAGAUAAUGUAGCAUAUUCUGUUGCAUAUUCUGGAGACACAAGGCCAAAUACUAAGUUUGCAGAUCUUUCAUUUGGCGCAGACUUAAUGGUGCAUGAGGGCACAUUUGAAGAAGAAGAGUACAUUCAGGCGCAACACACAAUGCAUUCAACUAUUCCUGAGGCAUUAGAUAUAUUUAAGAAAUCUAAAGCAUGCGAAUUAUUUAUUACACAUAUUAGUCAGCGGUAUAAGACUGUAGCUGUUCCAGACGAAGGAAAUUUAGCCUUGGACUACUUGGUGCACACUCCAGGAGCUAAGACUUCACAAAAAGAUUUACACAUGGCGCUAUUAGAAUGGGCAGAGGAAAAAGAAUAAAUAGAACAGAG